UCCGGCAAUAAACUACUCGCGCUGGCACUCUGCUGGAGAACGAUCGCCACGUCGUAGGUGACGAGCGUGGCUCGUUAAUACUGCCCAAAAAUAAGCCGCGGCCCGUCAAAACCAAAGAAGCCUCGUCCCUCCCCUCCCCUCUCCUCUCCUCCCGAGGACCAGACGGCGAACCCCAGCGCGCCGCGGAGCUCCUCUGCUCUCCCUCUCCAUCUCCCCGUACGUCCCUGUAUCUGCAUGCGUCGCCGCUGAUCCGAUCCGCCCAUGGAGCUCGCGUCCACGGCCCCGUGGUGGCUCACCACGAGGACAUGCGACCUCCCCUCCACGGGCGUCCUCGAAUGGGCCGCCUUCCUCUUGGUCUCCACCUGCUCGCAGCGGCUCAUGCUGUCCGCGGCCGCCGCGGCGUUCCUGGUCGCCGUGCUCUGCCUCGCGGUUGGUAAGGUCCUGUCCCGCCGGCGGGACGGCGCCGUUAACGGCAACGGCGCCGACAAGCCGCUGCUCGACCGGGGGCGGCCCCGGGCGGUGCGGGUCGGCGCGGGGUUCGUCCUGGCGCUGGCCGCCUCCGCGGUCCUCGCGGGGUUCUACGCCGUGCUCUUCGUUCUCUCGGUCGUGAUGCGGGGCGGCGCGGGCGAGGCCCAGGAGGCGGUGUUCCUGGCGCUGCAGUGCGCGGCGCACCUCGCCGCCGCCGCCCUGGUGGGUCACGAGAAGCGGUUCCGCGCGGCGGCGCACCCGCUCACGCUCCGCCUCUUCUGGCUCGCCGCGUCCGCGCUCACCGCGCUCCUCGCCGGCGCGGCCGUCGCGCGCCUCGCGUCCGGCGCCGGCGCUCUCCCGGACGAUGCGCUCGCGAUCGCGGCGCUCGUCUUGUCCCUCCCGCUCCCCGUCGUCGCCGUCCUGGGCGCCACGGGAAUCUCCGUAAAAGAACAAGCCGAUGACAACGAUCGGUCCGAAGAAGAAGAAGAAGAAGCCAGCAAGGAGAAGAACACGACGCCGUACGCGAGCGCGUCAUGGCCGUCGCGCAUGUCGUGGGCGUGGAUGAACCCGCUGAUCCAGCGGGGCUACCGCUCGCCACUAGACCUGUCAGACGUACCCACCCUCGCCCCAGCGCACCGGCCGGAGCGCAUGCACGCGCUGUUCCUCUCGCACUGGCCGUCCUCGUGGGCGCGCAAGGACAACAACCCGGUGCGGCACGCGCUGCUCCGGUGCUUCUGGCCGCUGUUCCUGCUGAACGCGGGGCUGGCGCUGCUGCGGCUGACGGUGAUGUACGUGGGGCCGACGCUGAUCCAGAGCUUCGUGAGCUUCACGUCGGCGGCGGAGCGGCGGCCGCUGUGGGAGGGGGCGCGGCUGGUGGUGGCGCUGCUGGGGGCCAAGGCGAUGGAGGCGCUGUGCAGCCACCAGUACAACUUCCACUGCCAGAAGCUGGGGAUGCAGAUCCGGGGCGCGCUCAUCACGGCGCUCUACCGCAAGGGCCUCCGGCUGUCGUGCUCGGCGCGGCAGAAGCACGGGCUGGGCAUGAUCGUCAACUACAUGGCCGUCGACGCGCAGCAGCUCUCCGACAUGAUGCUCCAGAUCCACUACCUCUGGCUCAUGCCGCUCCAGGUGGGCGUGGCGCUUGGCCUGCUGUACAUCUACCUGGGCCCGCCGGUGACGUCGGCGCUGGUGGGCGUGUUCGGCGUGAUGGCGUUCGUGCUGCUGGGCACCCGCCGGAACAACCGGUACCAGUUCUCCCUCUCCGGCGAGCGGGACAAGCGGAUGAAGGCGACCAACGAGAUGCUGAGCUACAUGCGCGUGAUCAAGUUCCAGGCGUGGGAGGAGCACUUCAACGCCCGCAUCGGCCGCUUCCGGCGCCUCGAGUUCGGGUGGCUCACCCGCUUCAUGUACUCCAUCUCCGGCAACAUCGUGGUGCUCUGGAGCGCGCCCACCGUGGUGUCGGCGCUCGUCUUCGGCACCUGCGUCGCCGUCGGCGUGCCCCUCGACGCCGGCCUCGUCUUCACCGCCACCUCCCUCUUCAAGAUCCUCCAGGAGCCCAUGCGCAACUUCCCCCAGGCCAUGAUCCAGGCCUCGCAGGCCAUGAUCUCGCUCCAGCGCCUCGACUCGUACAUGACGAGCCCGGAGCUGGACGAGGGCGCGGUGGAGAGGGAGCCGGCGGCGGCGUCGCGGGACGGCGGGGUGGCCGUGCAGGCUAGGGACGGGGUGUUCACGUGGGACGACGAGGAGACGGAGGCCGGGAAGGAGGUGCUGCGCGGGAUCGACCUGGAGAUCCGCAGCGGCAAGCUGGCCGCCGUGGUCGGCAUGGUCGGGUCCGGCAAGUCGUCGCUGCUGGGCUGCAUCCUCGGCGAGAUGCGCAAGGUCUCCGGCAAGGUCAAGGUGUGCGGCACGACUGCGUAUGUGGCACAGACGGCGUGGAUCCAGAACGGCACCAUCGAGGAGAACAUCUUGUUCGGGCAGCCGAUGCACGCGGAGCGGUACAAGGAGGUGAUCAGGGUGUGCUGCCUGGAGAAGGACAUGGAGAUGAUGGAGUUCGGCGACCAGACGGAGAUCGGCGAGCGCGGGAUCAACCUCAGCGGCGGCCAGAAGCAGCGCAUCCAGCUCGCCCGCGCCGUCUACCAGGACUGCGACAUCUACCUCCUCGACGACGUCUUCAGCGCCGUCGACGCGCACACCGGCAGCGAGAUCUUCAAGGAAUGCGUUAGAGGUGCUCUGAAGAACAAGACCGUGGUACUUGUGACUCACCAAGUCGAUUUCUUGCACAACGCUGAUAUCAUAUAUGUGAUGAAGGAGGGCACGAUAGUGCAAUCCGGCAAGUACGACGAGCUCAUCCAGCGCGGCUCUGACUUCGCGGCGCUCGUUGCGGCGCACGACAGCUCCAUGGAGCUCGUGGAGGGCGCGGCGCCAGUGUCUGACGAGAAGGGGGAGACGCUAGCCGUCUCCCGGCAGCCGUCCAGAAGCGGCAGUGGCAGAAGGUCGUCGAGCGGGGAGGCGCACGGGGUGGUGGCGGAGAAGGCGUCGGCGCGGCUGAUCAAGGAGGAGGAGCGCGCGAGCGGGCACGUGAGCCUGGCCGUGUACAAGCAGUACAUGACGGAGGCGUGGGGGUGGUGGGGCGUGGCGCUGGUGGUGGCCGUGUCGGUGGCGUGGCAGGGGUCCGUGCUGGCCAGCGACUACUGGCUCGCCUACGAGACCGACGCCGAGAACGCCGCGUCGUUCCAGCCGGCGCUGUUCAUCGAGGUGUACGCCAUCAUCGCCGUCGCGUCGGUAGUGCUCGUGUCGGGGCGGUCCUUCCUGGUGGCCUUCAUCGGCCUCCAGACCGCCAACUCCUUCUUCAAGCAGAUCCUCAACAGCAUCCUCCACGCGCCCAUGUCCUUCUUCGACACCACCCCGUCCGGAAGGAUACUGAGCAGGGCGUCGUCCGACCAGACCAACGUCGACCUCUUCCUGCCAUUCUUCGUGUGGCUCAGCAUCUCCAUGUACAUCACCGUCAUCAGCGUGCUGAUCGUCACAUGCCAGGUCGCGUGGCCGUCUGUCAUCGCCAUCAUCCCUCUGCUCAUACUCAACUUGUGGUACCGGGGCUACUACCUUGCGACGUCGAGGGAGCUGACGCGGCUCGAGUCCAUCACCAAGGCUCCGGUGAUCCACCACUUCUCGGAAACGGUGCAGGGUGUCAUGACCAUCAGGUGCUUCAGGAAGGGCGAUGGCUUCUUCCAGGAGAACCUCAACCGGGUCAAUUCUAGCCUGAGGAUGGACUUCCACAACAAUGGCGCCAACGAGUGGCUCGGUUUCCGGCUAGAGCUGGCUGGGAGCUUUGUUCUUUGCUUCACUGCCUUGCUCAUGGUCACUCUGCCCAAAAGCUUCAUCCAGCCAGAAUUUGUUGGUCUAUCGCUCUCGUAUGGUCUAUCCCUGAACUCAGUCUUGUUCUGGGCCGUAUGGAUGAGUUGCUUCAUUGAGAACAAAAUGGUGUCAGUCGAGAGGAUAAAGCAAUUCGUAAACAUCCCGUGUGAGGCAGAAUGGAGGAUCAAGGACUGUCUACCUAUUGCAAACUGGCCAACAAGAGGCGAUAUCGAAGUCAUUGAUCUCAAGGUUAGGUACCGGCAUAACACUCCACUAGUGUUGAAGGGCAUCACACUAAGCAUACACGGAGGAGAGAAGAUCGGAGUUGUUGGUAGGACUGGCAGUGGGAAAUCAACACUAAUCCAGGCCUUGUUCAGAAUAGUGGAGCCUUCCGAGGGGAAGAUCAUCAUCGACGGUGUCGACAUCUGCACCUUAGGACUCCAUGAUCUGAGGUCUCGGUUCGGCAUCAUCCCUCAAGAGCCCGUGCUCUUUGAAGGUACAAUCCGAAGCAACAUCGACCCGCUCGAGGAGUACUCUGAUGUUGAAAUUUGGCAGGCCUUGGACCGUUGUCAGCUGAAGGAAGCCGUGACAUCAAAACCUGAAAAGCUUGACGCAUCAGUUGUUGACAACGGCGAGAACUGGAGCGUGGGACAGCGGCAACUGCUCUGCCUAGGCCGGGUGAUGCUGAAACACAGUAAAAUACUGUUCAUGGAUGAGGCCACUGCGUCGGUGGAUUCCCAAACCGAUGCUGUGAUUCAGAGGAUUAUCCGGGAAGACUUUGCGGAGUGUACCAUCAUCAGCAUUGCGCACAGGAUACCGACGGUCAUGGACUGCGACAGAGUCCUGGUAGUUGAUGCAGGACUAGCAAAGGAGUUUGACCGGCCUGCCGCCCUGAUCGAAAGACCGUCACUCUUUGGAGCAUUGGUUCAAGAAUACGCAAACCGGUCGUCUGACAUGUAGCCAAUGAGAGGAAAGGCCAAUUUUCUGCUUCAAGACUUGGGAGGGAUUCAGGAUGGAGAUUUCUCCAGGACGUGGCAUGAGCAACCUGCACCCGUACUCUGAACACCAUGUCCUAAAAAAUAUGUCUCCGGCGGUGAUUGAUCUUGAGAAAGGUCAAGGAGAAGCCAGUGUGAGAUAGGCAUAUAUGAUCCGCGUAGAUUGAUUCCAAGAUUUCAUUCAACCCAUUAAGCUGGAGUUUUUCUGUCGCUGGUAUGAGCUGAGGAUGGUGUAUGAUGUAAUGUACCCGCAAUUGUUUCAAUGGCGACAGUGGCGUAGCUAGGAUUUCAAACCAGGGUGAACUGGUAAUAAUUGAUGAGUUCAAUUUAUCAA